ACGCUGCCCGGAGGCUUGCGCUUUCUUCCUUCGGCAGCGGAGGCUGCGGCAGGGCCGGGGCUGCGGUCGGGACUAGGAGGAAUUCUGUUAUCAGAGAAUAACAGGAGGUUGUCCAUAAUUGACUUUAUUCCAGCACACAGUAAAACUCUGAGCUCUUCAGCUCCACCUUUCUUGCUCUGAGAAUUGGAAAACCAAGAAGGUUUUGAUGUUUUGUGUGGCGCCACCUGAAUUAGAAGCCAAGAUGAAUGUACCCAAAGGAGGUCUGGUGUUGUUUUCAGCAAAUUCCAACUCAUCGUGUAUGGAGCUUUCAAAGAAAAUUGCCGAGCGACUGGGGGUGGAGAUGGGCAAAGUGCAGGUUUACCAGGAACCUAACAGAGAAACAAGAGUACAGAUUCAAGAGUCUGUGAGGGGAAAAGAUGUCUUCAUCAUCCAGACCAUCUCAAAGGAUGUGAACACCACCAUCAUGGAGCUCCUCAUUAUGGUGUAUGCAUGUAAGACUUCUUGUGCCAAGAGCAUCAUUGGCGUGAUCCCCUACUUUCCCUACAGCAAGCAGUGCAAGAUGAGGAAGAGAGGGUCCAUAGUCUCUAAAUUGCUGGCUUCUAUGAUGUGCAAAGCUGGUCUGACUCAUCUUAUUACUAUGGAUUUACACCAGAAAGAAAUACAGGGCUUCUUCAAUAUUCCUGUUGAUAAUUUAAGAGCAUCUCCCUUCCUGUUACAGUACAUUCAAGAAGAGAUCCCAGAUUAUAGGAAUGCUGUUAUUGUGGCCAAGUCUCCAGCCUCAGCCAAAAGGGCACAAUCUUUUGCAGAGCGCCUGCGCCUGGGCAUCGCAGUGAUUCAUGGAGAAGCCCAGGAUGCUGAAUCUGACUUGGUAGAUGGUCGGCAUUCCCCACCCAUGGUCCGGAGUGUGGCUGCCAUUCACCCCAGCCUGGAGAUUCCCAUGCUGAUUCCUAAAGAGAAGCCCCCCAUCACAGUUGUUGGCGACGUUGGAGGAAGGAUUGCCAUCAUUGUGGAUGACAUCAUUGAUGAUGUGGACAGCUUUCUCGCCGCAGCAGAGACCCUGAAAGAGAGGGGAGCAUAUAAGAUCUUUGUGAUGGCGACCCAUGGCUUGUUAUCUUCAGAUGCCCCCCGGCUGAUUGAAGAGUCUGCCAUUGACGAGGUGGUGGUUACCAAUACAAUCCCACAUGAAAUCCAGAAGCUCCAGUGCCCCAAGAUCAAAACCGUGGACAUCAGCAUGAUCCUUUCAGAAGCCAUUCGCCGCAUUCACAAUGGGGAGUCCAUGUCUUACCUUUUCAGAAACAUAGGCUUAGAUGACUGAGCAGCUUUCCUUUUGUAAACUGCCAAGGGCCAAACUGGAAGCCUGGGUAUGGGUGCCAGGAGGAGUCACGUGCCCAAGAAUGACUGGAUAUACUUGACUGGAGCCCAUGUGUCUCAUCCCUCCCUCUCCACACCCGCUCUUCUUGAUGAUUCCUAGGAAUAUAAACCAACUUUUUACAUUGGUUUGGGUACCUGUGAGUUUAGGGGGCAAUUUUUAUAAAAGAAAGUAUUCUCCUCUUAAAUAAAGCAAGCAAGACCUAGUUAUGGUGUUACUAUUGGUUUUUAGUGUAACUAUUUUAACUACACUUGGAAUAAGAUUUUUUUAAGAUCUUAGCUUUUUUGCAGAGUUGCUUGAGCCAGGAAUUCAAAUGAGUUACAAAAUGAUCUACUGUUUCAUUCCUACAGGCGAAAAGCCAAAAG